AUGUCCAAGCUGCUGCCUCUUCACUCUGGACUGGGACAACUGGUCAUGGACCCAAGGCCCCACACUGCUCUGGGCUCUACCACACACUUGUCCACAAAAAGACAGACAAGUGAGGGAUCCAGAAAGACAUGGAUCCACUCAGACCAAGUCAAUCCAGGCCGGCGGCUCACCCUGGAGCAGGUGGAACCUCUGAUCCAAGGCAGAUUGGCAAGCAUCAAAUCAGCCUGCAUGACAGUGGACCCUGAUGGUAGAGGGCUGGUGAGCCGUGAGGAGUUCAGAAGAGUCCUGAUGAGCCUGCUUUCUGUCAGCCAUAACCAGCUUGACACUGUCCUCAAUGAGGUGUGUGAGAGGAGCGGUGAAGACGUGGACUACGUGCAGUUCCUGAGGAGGUUCAGCCGAGCUCCUGCGGCCCACAGGGCCAGCAGCAGCUGCAGCAGUGUGAGGCGUGGUUCACGGAGCACUUCCAUGUCCCUGGCUGAGAUACAGAAACAUCUCAAAGAUAAGAUCGGAGGCAACCUGAGGACUGUGAUCAGAGUGUUCAGCCUGUUUGACUGCAACCGAGAAGGACACAUCCAGCAGCGUGAGUUCCGCCGCAUCCUGGACAACUACUGCAUCCACCUGACAGACAAGGAGUUCCAGAGGCUCUGGAAGCACUACAGUCCCAAUAACACCUCCACCAUUUCCUAUGAACUGUUCUUGGACAAGCUGGGCUUUGGUGACAGCCAUAACUUCAAGAUUGCUCCAGUCUGCACUAAGCUAGAAGUGUCCAGCCGAGGGACAACUCCUCCUGAGAAAGUCAAACAGUGGAAGCAGAGCCCACAAUGUCGUUCCAGUCCAUGUGAUGCCCCAUCAAUCCUGCAGCACAGGAAGCUGCAGACUCUCUUCUACGACAAGAUGUGCAUGAACUCUACCCCGGUGUGGCAAGCCCUGCAGGCCUUUGACACCACCCACUCUGGCCUGGUAAAACAGGAAGUCCUCAGGGCCAUUCUCAGCAGCUUUAUAUUUCCCAUGAACCCUCACUCCUUCCAGAAGCUGACCAGUCGUUAUGGUGUGAGAGCAACAGGGCCAGUGAGGUGGAAACACUUCUUGGGCCACUUCAUGAGCCCGGUCAAAGCAGAGGGCGACACAAGUAUUCACAGCAACAGGGCAUUGGAGCAGCCUGCCCAUGAAAAAGAUACCUUGGAUCUUCAGGACAUUUACCCUCGACUGAAAGAGAUUUUCUCCAUGCUAGACACGAAGGAGGCUGGUUCCAUCACUCGAGCAGACCUGCGCCAUUUGCUAAAGGGGCCAGACGGGACUCAGACACAAACUGGACGGUCACAGAUCACAGAGCUGCUCAAUACACUGGACCCACAGCACACCGGGGUCAUCCAGCUCACCAGCUUGGAGAGACUCAACCCCAGCAUCACCUGUGCCCCCUCCCCUGCUAACACCGCAGAGCCCCGAGAUGUCCCUGAGGACACUGAAGACACUGCUAUCAGUUCAGUGCUGGCAGCAAUAAAGCUGUGUGACCCUCAGCACACUGGUUACAUCACACGGGAAGAUAUGAAGAAUGUCUUAUGCUGCUAUGGCAUGCCCAUCUCAGACACACACUUCAACAAGCUCUGUGAGACCUCCUGCUCUGGACCUGAUAGUUAUUCUGAGUUGGUUCAUUACACUGGCUUCCUCAGAAACCUGGGAGUACCACUAACAGAUGGAACAUCCCCAUCCCCAUCUCAUGGGACAACUGACCAUACUGAGAGGCUGCAGCCAUCACCUGAGUGGACCCAGCAGUCAGUAAGGGGACAGCGGCCUCCCUCCAGCCUGCAGCUCAGUUCAGACACCUACAACAUCCUGGACAUUAUUUUUCAGAGGAUGAGAUCAACGUUAGAGCAUCGCCACUGCAGCCUGACUGACCGCAUCCAGGCCAUGGGCCACAGCUCUGAUGGGACACUGUCAGAGACAGAUGUACAGAAGAUACUGGAGGACAGCUGGGUCAUGCUGGACGAUAAGAAUCUCCACAAGUUCACUGAGGCGCUGGGCUUCAGGGAUGGACGGAUCGAGUCCUCGGUGUUCCUGCUGAAGUAUGAGGAGGCCACAGCCAGGGAGGGGCAGCAGCGCUCUGAGGGUCUUGGUGAGAAGGAUGAGGUUGACUCCCUGCUUACUUCUGCUGAUCAGUGCCUGGCUUCCAUGAAGACCAGGAUCAAGAUCAUCCAUGGGGACAACCUAACGGCGUUCCGACUGAUGGACAGGAAGCAUAAAGGUGUGGUCGACUGCCAUGAUUUCAAAGAGCUGUACAGCAGCCUGGGCUUUUUCUGCAGGGAGGCAGAGUACCAGCGGCUGCUGGAUCUGAUUGGCCUGCAUCCCGGGGGCAACCUCAACUACGCCGAAUUUGUCAAUGUUGUUGAAAAUAAUGGAAAACAAGGGACACAAAGAGUGUCUGUACAACAGCAGCUUCAUGAACUCCUGGCCUGUGAAGCCCAAUACAAGUGGGCAGACAUGUCUAAGGUUCUGUGCCAGUUUGACACAGAGGGCCAGGGUUGGAUCCAAAAGGAGAGCCUGAGGGGACUCCUCUUCACCUACGCUCUUCCCUUGAGACCGGAUGAGUUUGACCAGCUUUGGUCAAGGUAUGACCCAGAUGGGCGGGGCUGUGUGGCAGUUUGUGACUUCCUGGAGAAGUUGGGGUUUCAGCAUGAAGGGGAACUGAGAGCUGGAAGACAGAAGCUGAACCCAGCUGUUGGCCAGCAGAAUGCCGACAGACCACUGUCCUCUGAUGCUGCAUCACUGGAGUGUAUUGGGCGGAUUUUGCAGAAGAACUAUAAGGGACUAAGCAAGUCCCUGACUCACCUGGAGACCAACAGAGAUGGGACAGUGACCGUGGAGGAGCUGCUGAGUCUGUUACAAACCUACAGUUGCUCUGUCCAGAGAGAGCAGCUUGUUAAUCACCUGCACAGGCUUGAGGUUUCCAUGGAUGAUAACUGCAGGAGGCUGGCUUACAUGGACUUCCUGUCUGCCUUUGACCAUAAAGCAGAGAAGACAGGCGAGCGUCCUCCUGCCUCUCCUGAUGCUGUUCACCAUAUAGAGUCUCUGGACAGCCUCAGUCCAGAUUUGGCUCUGUCCAGGAUGAAAGAACUAGUCUCUGGCUCAACAACUCAACUAUAUAAGGCAUUCUUGGCCUUUGACCAGGGCAAUACAGGGACGGUCAAAGCUCUGAAAUUUCGCCAGGUGCUGGAGAUUUUUUGUGCCCGCCUGUCAGACAAACAGUACAGAUACAUGCUGACUAAACUGCAGCUGGACCGUGAGAACUGCACUGUUAACUGGAGGGACUUCCUUAACAAGUUUCAAUCAAAGAGCCCGCGGAUGUCAGAGAGCUGCCUGAGUAAAACCAGAUCCCCUAUCAAAACCCAGGGCCCUGAAAUAACAGAGCAUCUGCAGCAGAUCCAGGAAGUGGUCUCAGGUCACUUUUAUGAAAUCACCAAAGAGCUGCUGGAUCUGGACCCCUCCAACAGCACUACAAUCUCAAAAGAGCAGUUCAGACGGCUUUGUGAUCACCACUGCCUGAGACUCACAAAUGAUCAGUUUGAGUGCGUGUGGAGUCAGAUGCCUGUGAAUGAAAAGAAGAAGCUGCAGUAUAGAGCGUUUCUCAAGCGUUUUGGUGCACUGAGCAGCAGCCCCUACACAAAAACAGGGGAUCCAAACAACAAUGUCCCAUCAGCAUCCUGUGAGCCCAGAGAAACAGCUUCAGCCCCCAUAUGUUGUUCCCCACAGACUGCAGGAACCAUUCUGCAACGCACUAAGUCUGCCCCCCAGUGUACCUCCAAGCGUUCUACCUCAGUGGGGAGGCCGGGAACAGGAAGCCUGCUGGGCAGCAUGGAGAGGAGGCUCCACGGGGUGGUGCAGCGCUGGUGGAAGGAGAUCCUGAGGAGCUGUACCCAGGAAGAUCCUCAGCAAGAGGGGCACAUAAGCACUAGCUCCUUCCUGGAGAUCCUCCAGGCUCUCAGCAUCAGUAUGAGCCGCGAGCAGUUUGAUUAUCUUGCUGCGAAGUAUGACAUCGUCAACAAUGACUGUGUUUCAUAUCACAACUUCCUCCGUCACUUCCUGCUGAAUCUAAAACCAGCAGAGACCAAGACAUCAUAUGAGCGACGCAAACUCCCCCUUCCUGCAACACCGACAAGCCAGGCCACUCCUAGCAAAGAAUGCGUGCAGGCCAUGCUGAGGAUGCAUGACGCGGUUCACUCCUCCUGGACGUCCAUCAGACGCUGCUUCCUGACGUGUGACCACAGCCGUACAGGAAGUGUCUCCGUGCAGGACUUCAGGAAGGUGCUGCGCAAUUUCAGCGUCAAACUGUCAGAGGAGGACUUCUUCCACCUCAGCUCUUAUUUCGAUGCCAACACCACAGGGAGGAUCUGCUACAACAACUUCCUGUGGGCAUUUCUUCACUGACCUUCA